AUUAUAACCAUUGAGGUGCACCAAUCGUAGUAGUGCAGACAAUCGAUUCCUAAAUAUACCCGUGCUCCGUUCAAUCGCUUAUAACGUGUUGAAGCACGACUGAAGUUAUUCGCGUCACCUUUUGCGGAGGGUGUAUCGUCAACGACGUGUUUCAAGAUUUAGAUUUUCAAACAAAUUUAUUAUUUUUUUCAAGAAAAGAAGAUGAAUUCAUAUCCAGAUACAACAUUAGUAACUAUUAAGGAAGAACCCAUGGAGGAAGAAUAUGUACCUGUAGAAGAAGAACGUAUACCUGUAGAGGAAGAACAUAUACCUGUAGUGGAAGAACAUAAAACUGUAGAGGAAGAACAUAUAACUGUAGAGGAAGAACAUAUACUUGUAGUGGAAGAACAUAAAACUGUAGAGGAAGAACAUGUAGUCGUGGAGGAAGCAUUUGUUCAAGUGAAGAAAGAAAACGUACCUAUAAAAAAAGAAUAUGCACCUGUUAAGAACAAAUAUACAUCAAAAAAGAAAGGUUACUGUAAAGGAAGAAUAUGUAUCUAGAAAAAGAUUAAAUGUACGAGCUGGGGAAGAAAAUGCAUAUUUAGAAGAAGAAUAUAUGAACAGAUUUAGUAGAACAAAGCUACUACUGCAAACAAGUGAGACAAGAGAAAAUCUCUUCUGUCCACGUUAUAUGAUUAGAAGCGAUUUUAUUUCGGACGAUCCUGAUUAUGCUAAACUAUGGGCGUGUGAACUUUGCGGAACAUUUUUUAUUGAGCCCAAAGGCAGCUAUGGAUCAUGACAAGAAAUGUCGGCCAAUUUUUUUGGAAAGAAGAAAAUAUACCAGAUGAAAUGAACCAGAUUAUGGACACACAUAAGUUUUAUCCAUGUUUAUAUUGCAUUUUGAUUUUCAAGAGAAGAGAUGUCUGGCGCCGUCACAUGAAAUAUCACGAAACAUUUCCUGCCAUUCACAAAAUAAGUUUUAAAAGUUUUUUUGAAAAAAACAAAAGGCAUUCCUAUAGGAUACUUUUAAGGUGGUGAACUCCUAUAAUGUGUUUAGUAUCAUAGAAGUUUAUAGACAGAUAUCAACAAAAAUAUUGUAAUACUAUUUAUAUAAAACUUAUUCCAAAAAAUGUAUUUACCUUUAGUUGUACCUAUUACA